AUAGCCCUGUGAAUGGAAGCAUGAUAAUUGUAAGUAAACAGCAUUUUAGGGUCCAUGUAAAAUUGGGAUGAGUAACCUGCCAAAGACCAUGGUUCUCCUACACACACAGUCUAGUCUGUCUUGCAGUGGCUUUGCAAACAGUUUUAAGAAAAACAAUGAUGAUAAAGAGGAUAUUCCUUGAAUAAGAUUAGUGAUUUAGAGUCCCAGGGAUCUAAAGUCUGGUUUCUGGCAUGUUAUCUUUAGUAGAUGACUAGUUGUAAUAACAGUGGAAGCUCCCACGUGUUGAGCCUUCACUGUCCUGCACUGGUUACUCAGAUGAGUGUUGUGCAGCUGGCAGGGCUGUGGUCAGGAAGGACGCAUUAGAUAGAGGGUAGCAAAUGGCUGCUGCACUGGGAGCAAAUGAGAGUCAUCCAAAUAAAUGGGUGAGAUUAAAUCUCCUCAUUAGUCUCUCUUUAGAAAAAAAUAACUAAGUGUGGAACCUACAGCAGGUGGUUUUGUUUUUUCUUACUAAAGCUAGAAAUUACUGGAGGAAACACAUCUAUAAAAACCACAUAGUAUAUGUUCUUCUGAUUCAAAGCAGAGAGAACCCAUUUGCAUUUUAACUAGGCAGCAUCAGAACAUUUAUUAUUUUGAAUAGCCUUAUGAUUGAUUUUGUGUUACAAAUUGUGGAUUAAAAAUUAUGACAAGUCUAAAUGUAGCCAUAAUAUUUAGUUUGGAUUUUGAAAUCCUGAACAGGGCCCCACCUGACAUAUUUUUAGGGAAUUACAACCUUUAAACACUGAUUACCAGAUUUAGAUUUGUCUCUUUGAAUCUUAUUUUUACACCUAAAAUUUACCUUAUGUUUCAGUGCCACUAAGCCUACUGGUAUAAUCUUAGUCUAAUUUAACAGCAUUUUGUGAUCUGGGACUCCUGUCAAAAUCAUUAUAGGAGCUAGAAAACACUGGGAGGUAAAAUGAAUACAUGACCUCAUCUCUUAUUUUAUACUAGACUGUAACUUCCAUUCAGAGACUGAAAAAAGAAAAAGAAAAAUAACAUUUUCCCCAUUAAGCUGUGAUAAAUGUGUUUAGUAUGCUUUUGCUAUUAAUAAUUCCUCUUAGCUGGUAAAAUGGAGGAUUUUGUUUGAAGUAUUUGAAACUAAAUGCUGAUGGGAUAAAGAUUUUACUAGAGAUAUAGAGUAGACAACAGUCCCUACCCUUUGUUAAUUGAUCCUGCUUGUUUAACUGGGGAAAUAAAAAAAAUGUACGUCUGAAGAGAAAGAAACCUGUGAGCAUAACCUCUUCCUGUUUUCAGAUGUAUUUCAUAAGUUGUUUAUGUUAUUUAAAUAUACAGUAAUACAGUAGACAGAAUGCAACUGCUGUUCCUUUAAUAUCAGAACUGUGCACGUUACAAUAGGUGUCACUGUUUUGCUUGGUCCAAUCAUGAUUGGUGACUUCAGCUAUUGGCUCUGAGCACUGGCUGUCUGACUCCAUCUGCAGGGCUGUAAUACCUACUCCUCCGAUCCAUUCACCACACAACUUCAGCCGGCUGAACAGACUCGCGCGGCUCCAGCACAUCUUGCUAACCUAAUUCAGAAAACAAGUGCUACGGCUCUCUGCCUGUCAUCUCUGCUCACUGUAGCAUUUUCAGGUUAUCUAGGAAACUGGGUUAUUUUUAUGAGCAAAUAAGAGAAACAGGAAUCAUGAUGGAGAUAUAUUUAACAGACCCAGUACUGGAUAAAACUUAAAGCCAGUUUGUAUUCAACAUAGUGAAAAGGUCACCUUGCCUGGCUGAGAAAAGAAGCAAAAUAUCAGCUGGUUGGUUUCUGUUAACAUCUUAGCUCGUGCUAGCCUCUUUUCCUUGAUGUUUGCACCAAUUUGGGAUAUCUAGCUCUAAAGAGAGACAAACUGUACUCAUGGUAGAUGACAAGGAAAAGAACAUGAAAUGUCUCACCUUCUUCUUGAUGCUUCCAGAGACGGUAAAGAACAGGUCCAAAAAAAGCUCGAAGAAAACAAAUACCAGCAGUGGCAGCAGCAGCGGCAGCAGCGGCGGCAGCAGCAAGUUGCCCCCAGUUUGUUAUGAAAUAAUUACCUUGAAGACUAAAAAGAAGAAGAAGAUGGCUGCUGAUAUAUUCCCCCGCAAAAAACCCGCCCCCUCCAGCAGCAGCACCGUUCAGCAGUACCACCAGCAGAACCUCAGUAACAACAACUUGAUCCCGGCCCCGAAUUGGCAGGGUCUUUAUCCCACCAUCAGAGAAAGAAAUGCGGUGAUGUUCAAUAAUGAUUUGAUGGCAGAUGUACAUUUUGUGGUUGGGCCACCAGGUGGGACUCAGCGGUUGCCAGGACACAAAUAUGUUUUAGCUGUUGGGAGCUCUGUGUUCCAUGCAAUGUUUUACGGAGAACUUGCUGAGGACAAAGAUGAAAUCCGUAUACCAGAUGUCGAACCUGCUGCUUUUCUCGCUAUGCUGAAAUAUAUCUAUUGUGAUGAAAUUGACUUGGCUGCUGACACAGUGCUGGCUACUCUUUAUGCUGCCAAAAAGUACAUUGUCCCUCACCUCGCCAGAGCCUGCGUUAAUUUCCUGGAGACCAGCCUGAGUGCCAAGAACGCUUGUGUGCUCCUCUCUCAGAGCUGCCUGUUCGAAGAGCCAGACCUGACCCAGCGCUGCUGGGAGGUGAUCGAUGCCCAGGCUGAGUUAGCUCUCAAGUCUGAGGGAUUCUGUGAUAUCGACUUCCAGACACUAGAGAGUAUCCUCCAGAGGGAAACUUUGAAUGCCAAAGAAAUUGUGGUUUUUGAGGCAGCUCUCAACUGGGCUGAAGUAGAAUGCCAGCGACAAGAUCUAGCUCUGAGCAUUGAAAACAAGCGCAAGGUCCUGGGAAAGGCACUUUACUUAAUCCGCAUACCUACGAUGGCCCUGGACGAUUUUGCCAAUGGUGCUGCGCAGUCUGGAGUCCUGACUCUCAAUGAGACCAAUGACAUCUUCCUCUGGUACACUGCGGCCAAAAAACCUGAGCUGCAGUUUGUGAGUAAAGCCCGCAAGGGCCUUGUCCCCCAGCGCUGUCACCGCUUCCAGUCGUGUGCCUAUCGGAGCAACCAGUGGCGCUAUCGGGGCCGCUGUGAUAGCAUCCAGUUUGCAGUGGAUAAAAGAGUGUUCAUCGCUGGCUUUGGGCUGUAUGGCUCCAGCUGUGGCUCUGCGGAGUACAGCGCCAAGAUUGAACUCAAGCGGCAGGGCGUUGUCCUGGGGCAGAACUUGAGCAAGUACUUUUCAGAUGGCUCCAGCAAUACCUUCCCCGUGUGGUUUGAGUACCCAGUGCAGAUCGAGCCAGACACCUUCUACACAGCCAGCGUGAUACUGGAUGGCAAUGAACUCAGCUACUUCGGACAGGAAGGCAUGACAGAGGUUCAGUGUGGCAAAGUUACUGUCCAGUUUCAGUGCUCCUCGGAUAGCACCAAUGGCACGGGAGUACAGGGAGGGCAGAUCCCCGAACUUAUAUUCUAUGCUUGAAAACAAUUGCCGAAGCAGUGUGAACUCUAAGGAGUGCAUCUGGGUCCUACCAGCUUGAUGCUUAGCUCACUGCAGAUAUGUGAUCAGUGCAGGUCAUUUGUAAUGAAUGAAGCUGUAGGCAGUUUCUAAUUUCUUUCAACCUUUUAAUUAUGUACAGGCAAAAACGCAGCAUUCAGCUUUUAACUAUAUGCUUAAAAGAGCCAAGUUCUUAUUAGGGCUUUGUGGUUUUUAGAAUUGCGUCUGUCUACAUAGCUGGGGAGAAUUGGUGUUUUUUUCCAACUGCCCCAUUGACUUCUCAGUUUUGUCCUUCUUAAGAAAAUUUUUGAAUCACCUCAAAUUUCCUUUAGGGCUUUAUUUUAACAAAUAGAAACAGUUUAAAGUAAUGAGUAAUUUUCAAACAGAAACCCCUCCCCCCCAAAAAAAUAACAGAUAAACCUCAGUGUACAAUUAUGAAAGAAGUUUUGCUUCAUUAUAAGUAAUAAUUUAGGAAGUAGACAAUAGUCCUGUUUAGCUCUUAUUUCCUUUAAAUAUUAUAUUUCUGGGCAUUGCUUUUUCUUAAAUCUUAAUUCAUAAGAUUGUUAAAUAUUAAACACUGCAAAAUGUCAAUGUAAAAUGGAGAAAUAAGAAACUGGAUGUUUGUUUAGGCUGUGACUUCUGCCAUACCAGAUUUUAUUCUUUUGUUUAGAAGACAAAAUAUUGCAGCACAGACACUUCUUUUAGAAGUUAAGUAAAUUAUAAAAUGUUAUUGCCAUUAGAAAAAAGUCACAGGCCUAUUAAUUCAAACUAUUAUAAAACAGUUUAAAAAAGAAACCUAAAAACGCCCCGUACUACAAAUGAGUUAAUUGAUGGCACAAUAGAAUGCACAGUUUAAAAAAGUCAACUUUUUUCUCACCACUUAGCUUGUGAUCCCCACCAUUUCCUUGUUUUCCUAAGUCGUACUGUAUAAAAUUCCUAUUCCCUUUUUCCUAUGAAAAGAGGACCAAACAAUUCUUUAGAUGAAUGGGAAAACAAUUAGUUUGUGGCACUACAUGUUAAUGUAAUAAAAUACAUUCAUCUAUUGAUUUUUUUUUUUUAGUGUAAAAUAUACUUUACCUGCUCUAUUUUGAUCACAUACUAUCUUCUUAGUUAAUUGUAAUUUUGUGUUGUUCGUGGACUGCUAGAAUCUGGCCUCUGGCCAUCUUAAAGUGCCAAUAUAUAUGCCUGCAGGGUUUUAAAAAACGACCUGGAGCGAUGCACCUGAUUAUACCCAACAUUCACUGCAUCAGCAUCACAUCCAGCUCUCUUAUUUGUCCACAGAUCAUGUAAACCAAGGAGGGAAAAGAUUAUCAAAAAAUUCUCCUUCAGUGAUGGCUUGUGAUGGUUUAGUGCCCUUGACCCUGGUAGUGUCCAGCGUGUUCACUUCCAGUUGAAGUAUCCAUGUGUUUCUGGGCAGCUCUUCUGCUCAGUGUGAUCCUGAGAUGGUUUCCCCAGCCACCCAGAGUGUGGUCCCUGGCCGCCUCCUUCUCCUGCUCUGCAAGUCUGAAGCUGGCUUGUCUGGAGCCAGGGGUUAGUCCUGGGGUGGAUGUGUGUACGUGGGCACCCAUGUGCACGCUAGUGUG